GGGGUUGGCAGUCGCGGCGGAGCCGGUCGAGAACCGGAGCAGGGAGCUGAGCGGAACUGAGGCGGGUCCCCGAGCCAUGGGGCCCCGGGCUCCGCAGCGCUCCUAGGCGGGCGGGUCCGCCCGAUUCCCCACGGCGGCGCCCCGAGCUCAUGGGCGGCCGCACGGGCUGAGACCCCACGCCGGACGGGCUCGGAGGGACCCAGGCGUCCUGGCACCAUGGCGUUCACCUUCGCCGCCUUCUGCUACAUGCUCACCCUGGUGCUGUGCGCCUCGCUCAUCUUCUUCGUCAUCUGGCAUAUCAUCGCCUUUGACGAGCUGCACACAGACUUCAAGAGUCCCAUUGACCAGGGGAACCCGGCAAGGGCACGAGAGCGAUUGAAAAACAUUGAGCGGAUUUGCUGCCUCCUGAGAAAGCUCGUGGUCCCUGAAUACUCCAUCCAUGGGCUCUUCUGCCUCAUGUUCCUGUGUGCAGCCGAGUGGGUCACCCUGGGCCUCAACAUCCCUCUGCUCUUUUACCACCUCUGGAGGUACUUCCACCGCCCGGCAGAUGGGUCCGAGGUGAUGUACGAUGCUGUCUCCAUCAUGAAUGCCGACAUCCUCAACUACUGCCAGAAGGAGUCGUGGUGCAAACUAGCCUUCUAUCUGCUGUCCUUCUUCUACUACUUGUACAGUAUGGUUUAUACUUUGGUGAGUUUCUAAGAGGACUGAGUGGGGGACCUCACAAUUAUCUCAGUGGCUGCUCCUGGACUCCUGGGCUUACCCCCAGCCAGCUGUUUCUAGGAGAGCGCAAGAGAUGCUGGGAACACGGGGGGCCCCUGAAACUCCAACACCCCCAUGGGCAUGAUGCACUGCCCCCAUGGAUUUGAGGCUCUGCCCCAUCGCUGGACGACUCGCAGGAUCAGACGUUGGGCCUCCCCAUAUUAGGGCCGCCCCGUGUUUUGAGUGACUCACUAAACCCUGCUGCCCCUCAUUUCUGCAACGCCCAUGAGGAGGGAAGCAUCUCCUUCCAGAUGUACCCUCCCCACCUCUGAGAUGGGGGCCAGGGCAGGAGCGACCUCCCCCACCCCAGCUGUGACACUCCCCAUUGCCACACUCCAUUGUGAGCUUGUCUGUUGGGGGGCAGGGAGGGGGACGGGGCACCCUGCCCCACUGUUAAACCCAUUUUAGGGUGCAGGGGAGCUGGAUACUGGGCACCUCUCCCCUGUAGUGUCAUUAUAAUGCGGGGGUAGGGGGUCAGGGCUGAUGUCCCCAGGACUAGGGGUGUUAUUCUGUUGGACACAUUUACGUCUAAUCCAGAGGGGUGUAACCCACCCAGGAUCUCCCCACAACCUAUGGAGCACAGCCCCUGGCCCCCCCACCCCAGGGCAGGCCCAAACCCCACACAUGCCAGGGCGUGGCAGGGUAUUUCUGUGUGUUUGUAGUGUUGAAUUUGUUACCAGGAGUUAUUGUCUGGAGUGGGGGCUGGGGGCCCAGGGGGUGCCUUAACUAGACCCCAAGGAGAAGGGGCUCAAGGCUGAACAAUGACACCUCCACCCACUGCAAAUGUCAGGCCCACUCCAACCCUCAUUACCAAGUUGGGGGGAAGAUUUUGGGGUGCACUCAAAUUUGGGCCUUGAGUCCAGAAAGUGGGAUGGGGUCCCUGUGUGUGGGGGUGACCUGUUAUCCUGCAUGCGGGGGGGUGUCUCUGUGCAGAACACCCCAUUAUCUCACGUCGGGAGCUGUUCUGGGCUCGGUGCUGGGGAGGAAAUGACUGGUUUUAGAAGGAGGGGAUUCCCCCCCCCGCACCUCCAUCUGGGGUCAGACCCACACAGAAAGGGACCCUGGUGCCAGAGCUGUCUACAGGUGUUGGGGUGGGUGGGAGAAAUCGCUCCUCCUUGGUCAUUUCCCCCCCCUCCCCAUUUCCCCCCCUCCCUGGGACAUUUGUGUAUGAAAGAAACAUUGGCUAAACAAUCCUCAACUUUGUGGCUAAAUAAAAACUUGCAAAAAAAAAAAAAAGGCCCCCCC